AUGGGGAUUUUGGAGUUAUGCGCCCGCGCCAAGCAUCUCAAGUCUCUACUUUCUUCCUCCUCAUCUCUUGCUCUUCUUCGUCCACCUUAUGCAGCCCUACGCCAUGGCCCCUCCGAAACCCUGGUCCACUUUGCUCACCCCUGCCGUGGCCUCUCCUCUCUUGCAGGAGGGUCUGAAACCACUCGCGCCUUGCCCUGCCGAAAAGUACAGGAGAGCCAUAUCUCAGAGAAGCAAAGCCUGUUCAUCCCGGUCAAGGCUUAUUUCCUUUGUACUAGGAUUGAUUUGAAGAGCUUGCAGACUCGGAACUUGUCCAAUGUUGUUAUGCCUCAUAUCACCUCGGAAUACAUCAUUCUCCGAUACUAUGAUGUUGAAAUCGAUGCUGAAUUUAUGAAGACUGAUUUUGCAAGUGAAAGUUCUUGUCAUUAUAUGUUGGUGUUUCAUUAUGGUUCAGUUGUAUUAUUUAAUGUUUCUGACCCUGAAGUUGAUAAUUAUCUCAAGAUUGUUGUAGAACAUGCUUCAGGCUUGCUGCCAGAAAUGAGAAAGAAUGGUUGAUGGAAUGAUGGCAGAGUUUGCAAAAAUCAGUCAUAGCAUGAAGAAGACUGGGAACUUGUAGAAUGAAAAUAAAACAACUUUUUCAAUUAGCGUGGAAAUUAAAUUCUGAUGUGCAUGCGGUCAUUCUUCUUAAACUAGGGAUUUUUGAGAGGUUAAUAUUCCAAUGAGUCAUGAUCGUUGGUUGGAGUACAUAAUCAUUUGUUUGAUUGCAUUAGAUAUCCUCAUUAUGCUCAUUAAGGGUGUGAUUUUACAUCAUGAGCCUGAAGAGUAAUUGAAAUGUACCCUAAACAAUGUUAAUUUAAAUUUGUUACUGGGAAAGUUUGAAAAAAGUUCUAGUCAUUUUUCAUUU